AAACGUCCACACCUACCCCGAUAUGGAAGCUGUUCCCCUGUUGCUAAAUAACGUGAAAGGGGAGCCCCCGGAGGACUCGCUAUCUGUCGAUCACUUCCAAACACAGACUGAACCAGUGGACUUGUCAAUAAACAAAGCCAGGACAUCCCCUACCGCCGUUUCAUCCUCCCCGGUUUCCAUGACAGCGUCUGCCUCCUCACCUUCUUCCACUUCAACCUCUUCGUCGUCGUCUAGUCGUCCAGCCUCGUCCCCAACUGUCAUAACAUCAGUAUCUUCAGCCUCAUCUUCAUCAACAGUAUUAACUCCAGGGCCCCUUGUUGCCUCUGCAUCCGGCGUGGGAGGCCAGCAGUUUUUGCACAUUAUCCAUCCUGUACCACCUUCAAGUCCCAUGAAUUUACAGUCUAACAAACUGAGUCAUGUUCACCGCAUCCCUGUGGUGGUACAGUCGGUGCCUGUUGUCUACACAGCUGUAAGGUCACCUGGAAAUGUGAACAACACUAUCGUCGUGCCGCUUUUGGAGGAUGGGAGAGGCCAUGGCAAAG